AGUUGUAAGGCAGUUGAGAGUGAUUUUUUGCCCUCCAGACUCGUUUGAUGGAGCUGCACCGCCAGUGGGAAUUGCUUCUGGAAAAGAUGAGGGAGAAGGGAAUCAAACUGCUGCAAGCCCAGAAGUUGGUGCAGUAUCUUCGGGAGUGUGAGGACGUGAUGGACUGGAUCAACGACAAGGAAGCAAUUGUGACUUCAGAGGAGUUGGGCCAGGACCUGGAGCAUGUGGAGGUUCUGCAGAAGAAAUUUGAAGAGUUUCAGACAGACCUGGCUGCUCAUGAAGAAAGAGUUAAUGAAGUGAACCAGUUUGCUGCCAAGCUCAUCCAGGUAACUGACAGACUGCUAGUGCUCCUCGCCGCAUCUCCUGUCAGCCCUCCAGCAUCUCAGGGUCCAUAUUUGCUGAGCGAAUCUUUUUAUAAGUGUGUCUGAGUUUUGUUUAGCUGU